CUUUGUGAUCUGACCCUCGCCCUCCGUAGUCGGCGUCUCCAGCAAUUCCCACUCGAGGACCACCACAACGUCCGUUACCGGCCCGCCUUACGGCAUUAUACCGGACAAUAUUCAAUAUCUUCCAUAUCGUCCUCGCCUCGACAGUAACGCACACCUUAGCUGUGUCCGUUGGGCUUCCUCUUGGGAGGGCCCUCCCGACUUGACGCUUCUCGUCGGCCUUCUAACAACAGCUCGGCCGCUCGGGGCCAUUCUCCCCCCGCCGGCCCCCCAGGCAUUGAUGCCCGCAUGAGCCAUGGACGGCUCUGGCAUCAUGUCCGCUGGCGGCGCCACGCCUGCCAGCCCAACCAGUCCUAUGAGCGCUCGCAAUGGGUCCAACGGGACUGGCACCAAGAGGAAGCGAAGCAGUAUGGGUCUCGAGAGCGAUCCCGGCAGCCCUGGUGGUCAUGACGACGACACCAUGGACCACGACUCGGGAAAGAAGCGCCAACCAGGCGUGAAGAGGGCCUGUAAUGAGUGUAGGCAACAGAAGCUACGAUGCGAUGUCGUUCAGGAACCCUUCCGGGGUUGCUCGAGGUGCAACCGCCUCAAGCUAGAAUGCAAGAUCGAAUCCAAUUUCAAGCGCGUCGGCAAGCGGUCCAAGCACGCCGAGAUGGAGAGGGAAAUCGAAAGGCUGCGACGCGCCGUCCAAAAAGCUCGCAGCGCCGGUUUCGUCCUAGACGACGAGGAUCACGACCUGCAAUCUCCUGCCGCCACAAGCGGAUACACCCACACACGCAAUCCCUCGCUGAUGGGCUCCGACGAGGCCGUGUCUUCGCUGCUACAUCUUAAGAGGGGCGGCUCCUACAACGUACCGCGGUAUACACACGAACUGGACAACGUGCGGUUGACCGAGGAGACCGUGACGCGACUCUUCAACACCUUCUUCGCCUGCUACCAUUCAUACCUGCCUUUUCUCAACCCUAACCAGUCGCCCGACACUUACUUCCAGCAACACGCCUUGCUCUUCUGGACCAUCAUGACGGUCGCCUCCCGCCGCUACAGCGGAGACCGCUCCCUCUUCAGCUCGCUCACCGGGCCGGUGAAACGCCUGCUCUGGUCGACCAUUGCCGACGUGCCCAGCAGCCACUAUGUCGUCAAAGCACUAUGCCUGCUCUGCACCUGGCCUCUGCCGACCAGCUCCUCGGCCACCGACCCGACCCACAUCUUAUGCGGCGUCAUGAUGAAGACGGCAACCGGCAUCGGUCUUCACCGCCCGAGUCACACGCAGGACUUUUCCCGUGUGUCCAUAGAAUUGAAUAAGGAACAGCUGCAUGACCGUGUGACGACGUGGGCUGUCUGCAACAUCGUCGCGCAGUCCAUCGGUACCGGCUAUGGCCAGCCGGCGUCUACCCUCUACGACUGGACCUUGGCCGUUCGGCCGGGCGAGGACGGGCCUUUCACGCUGUCGCCCGAGCUGGAGGCGAGGCUGAGGAUCGAGAUGUUCUGCGACAAGGUGUCCAAGGAAAUGUACAGCAAUGCCAGCGAUUCGAGGGGGGUGGCCGGAGAUGAGCACCGGGCCAUGUUGAUGCGCGUGUACCGACGUGAAUUCGGAGAGCUCCAGGCCUCGAUCCUGUCCCAGCACCUCGGCCCCAUUGUCAAUCUUCAUCUGCGAGCCGCCAACCUGCACUUGCGCCUGGCCGGCUUCUUCGAUGCGAACACCACCCCGGGGUACGUGGACGAUCUGAUGGGCUUGUGGGGGGCCACUACUGCCUUUGUCGAGCACCUUCUGGAAGACGACAAGGUGACGUCGCCUGGCCAGAACACGGCCGGUCACGUUCUCACCUAUGCGAGCAACUACAUCGGACAGAUGCUCGUCGCUGCCGGCUUCGUCCUAUUGAAGUUGUCUAAAUCCUUCUUCGCGGAAAUCAUCGAGGCAGAACGCAGCCGGAGCCUCUUCCACAAGACGGUGAACGCCAUCCGCGCCAUCAGCGUCAUCCACAACGAUCUACCGUCCCGGCUCGCCGAGCUCAUGGUGCAGAUGUGGAACGGGUCCCGCUUCGACCACAAACUUCGCGCGCGCCAGUCCGACAGCAUCCUGAUUCCGGACGACUCGUUGCAGCUCAAGGUCCGGUGUCGGCACAGCAUGAGUCUGGUGUUCGACACAAUAUGGCGCUGGAGAGAAGAAUACGAAGCCCUGGGCAGGGGCUCCCUUGACGCGAACGAGUCCUCCGCAUCCUCGACCCAUAUGGACUCCACCCUAAUGCCCGCCGCUCAGAUGCAGGCAUCGGGAAACAUCAUGUCCUCCAACAGCGCACUGACACCCGGUGCUUCGGCGGGCCUAGGCGGAGGUGGCCCAUCCGGUAAUUCCAGCCACAACAGCAACGGCAACGGCAACGGCAGUGGCAGUGGCAGCAACGGCAACGGCAACGGCAGUGGCAGUGGCAGCAACGGCAACGGUAGUGGCAACGGCAUGCUGGGCGGCAUGAACUACACCGAUACCAACUACGACUUUUUUGAUCCCCAACACUGGAUGCUGGAUGGGCUGCUGGACUUCAAUUACUCUUUUGUACAGCCUCUCGAAGGCACAUAGCAAGGCCCUGGACGAUUUCGGUCUCAAUGAAGGCCACGGUAUUCCUGGGUGGAGGUCUUUUUUUUUUCUUUUCUCCAAACCUUUAUUUUUUUGG